AUGUUCACGCUUGCUAUUUGGAUUUUAGUCGGCGUCGCCGACGCCGGAGAUGCCAAAGUCUACUCAUUAACCGAUAAUGUCGAAUUCAACAAUCCGAAUGCAGGGCCCGAGUUUCACUUUCAGAAAAUGGUCAUCGAUCCGACGACGACACGGGUGUUCGUUGGCGGCAUCAAUUACUUGUACGAUUUGAAAAGUGAAAAUCUCGAAGUGCACCAUCAAGUGAAAACCGGGCCUGAAAUGGAUCAGUGCAGCGAUUUGCCCAUCUCGGAGAGCAAACUCGCUUACUCACGAGUCCAUGCGCAUACAAAAGCAUUGGCGAUAUACGACAAAUCAUCGAAUCUCAUUGAAUGCACAAAUGCUUGUCGUGGACAAUGUCGUCUGCGAAAUCUGCACAACAUCUCACAAGUGCUCGCUAAAAGCGAAUCGAUGAUACCGUAUGAUACAUCGUCGUCGACGGUGAUAUUUGUCGGCCCCGGUCCACCGAACAUCACCAUCGAUCCGGUUUUGUACGUUGGAGCUACAGCGCCAGAGAACACUGAUCAAAAAUCAAUGUUUACGACAUUCAUUGGUCCGAAGAGAGUGUUCGAAUUAGUGUUUAACACGUAUUAUCAGAGUUCAUCUCUAACCAUAGAAUUUAGUUCACGGCACAAUUAUUCAAUCGAUUACGUUGGAGGAUUCCAGUCAGGCGAUUAUGCGUAUUUUGCUACUAGACAAAAAUCGAAAAAGAAGGAUGGUGUUCAACAAUCUCGACUUGUUCGGGUUUGCACGGGCGACAACGCGUUCCACAGCUACACCGAGGUUCCUCUAAUAUGCGAGAAGGAUGGUGUUGAUUACAAUCUUGUGCAAGACGUCUACCUCUCAAUUGCUGGAUAUGAGCUUGCGCGAAAUUUGUCGAUUGAUGUCAACGAUCCUGUUCUUUUUGGUGUCUUCUGGGAAGGCUUCAAGAAUUCGACGGAAGCUCGUACACCAACUGGUCGCAGUGCGGUGUGCUUCUAUCCGAUGAAGAAAGUUGAGGAAAUGUUCCGCAAGAAUAUCAUGGAUUGUUACAAGGGAGAAACAACUAAUAACCUUCCGUGGCGGACGAACGCGAAAUGCCAGAGGACGAAACUCGAGUGGAAUGCGGUGAAGUGCGGAAAAGACGUGAAUUCGAUGAUCGGCGGCAACACGCCAAUUAUCGGCACAGCCACCUACACCGCUGACGAGAUGUUCACAUCGAUUGCCGUGAAUACCACGAAAUCGAAUACGGUGGCGUUUGUUGGUUCGGAAACGGGACAACUGCAUAAAAUUCUACUGAAAGCGCAUGAAUCGUCGGAGAAAUAUGCGACGGAAACGAUUUCGAAUGAACCGAUUCUUGGCGAUAUGGAAUUGAGCGGCGAUGGGAAGUUCAUCUACAUUCUAACACGCUCUCGAGUCAUCAAAUCGCCAACGUCUCGUUGCGAGACCACCGUUUCAUCUUGUCAUGCUUGUCUGGAUCGUCGCGAUCCCUAUUGUGGUUGGUGUGUGAGAAACAACUAUUGUACGCAGGAGGACACAUGUGAGCUUGUCGUUCCGCGAGCUUCUGGAGGAUGGCUCGAUUAUCAAUACAGUAGAUGUCCAACGAUAAAAUCCGUUGUGCCCGAAGAGAUUCAAAUCACUACUGCCGACUUUCUCAAUGUAACCGUUGAACACUUGGAAUUGUCGAAGAACAAACAACUCCAGUGCAUUUUUCAUUUUCCAAACGGCGAAGAAGUCAAAUCAGAGCCAGCGUCAUUUGACGGAAGUUUGAAAUGUGCAACACCGCCGAAGGAGAAGCUACCGAGAAUUGAGAAGGACCAAGUACAUCUGGAUUCUGAGCUCAGGAUUGUAGCCGAAGGAAGCAAUUUGCCGCUUGCAUUCUCGAAUUUUACCUUCUACGACUGUAGUCGGUAUACGACUUGUACCGAAUGCGCUGCUAGUCAGUUCCCGUGCGACUGGUGCAUGAAAUCGAAUGAAUGUGUUGCUGGAAAACUUUCUGAAGACAAAUGUCGAGGUCAACCUCUAGUUAAUGGAUUGAAGAGAGACGGUACCUCGGAGAGAAAGGGACCAUCGAAAUGCCCACAUAUCGUGUCGACUGCAUCCAAGAGCACGGUUGCUGUUGGAGAACGAAGCAAUAUAAGUGUUAAGAUUCAAAACGUCGAUACGAAAUUUAUGGGCGAUUUCCGAUGUCAAUUCCGGUACGGUUCAACGGUUCAUGAGAAACUGGCAAUCAAAUCGUCGGAAGAUACGAUCACCUGCGAAGAAAUGCUCUUCGAACCUUAUGGAGCUUCGCUUGCUGAUGGUCAUGUAUUCUAUGACUUCAAUGUGAUGUGGAGUUCGCCAAUGUCGCGACAGUCGUAUAGCCUCGACAACAUUAAGAAGGUAGCAAUCGACGUGUAUUCGUGCGAGAAGCUCGCUGCGAAUUGCGGACGAUGCCUCACACUCAAUGACGAAUAUGAAUGUGGCUGGUGCUCGGCGCAACGAAAAUGCACACGUCAACGAUCGUGUAGCGCCACGUCGCCGCUGCAGUUUUUGGAUCGUGGACAACUGUGCGCGGAUCCGUUGAUUCUUGACUUCAAUCCGAAAAAAGGUACCGUCGCUGGCGGUACUCGCAUCACGAUAGUUGGAAACAAUUUGGGACGAAGUGUUGCCGAUAUUCAAAAUGCGGUACAAGUGGCGAAUGUGAAUUGCAAGGUUGUUCCUGAAGAGUAUGAACCAUCGUCGAAGAUUGUGUGCGACACUCAAAAACCGCCGAUGAACAAUCCGAAUCAGCGUGGAAAAAUUGUGGUGACAUUGAGAAACGAAGAAGGAUUUUACACACAUUCAGCGCAAUACUUUUCAUUUGUUGAGCCGAAAGUCACCGGUAUCGAACCGAAGACUGGUCCAAGAUCCGGUGGAACCGAUGUCGCCUUGUUCGGAAUGGAUUUGGAUGCAGGAUCAAGCGUUGUUGUCAAAUUUGGUGAAGUCGGAUGCGAGGUUUUGACGCGAUCUUCGAAUAAACUCAUAUGUCGCACUGGUAAUGCCGACACUACCGGUGAACGACCAUUGACGAUAUUCUUUGAUUCGAAGCUGGUUAGGCAACGAGAUCUGAAUAACUUUGAAUUCACGGAUAACCCUCGAAUCAAUGGAAUUGUGCCAAAUCGAACAAUCGCUGCCGGUGGAAUUCAUAUCAACGUUGAAGGAGAUGGAUUUUCGUUAGUUCAGCGUCCGCAUAUGGUUUUUAUUGGUGCUGGAGGCGAGAGAUCGGUUAGCAAGAUGUGCAAAAUAAUCGACAAUCGAUUAAUGGAAUGCCAAACGCCGCCGGUUCCGUUGAGCGAGGCGCGCUCAUCGCGAUUGUACAGUACAAUUGCCAUUUACGAGUUCGAUCUUGAUGGCACACCGACGCCUCGAUCCAAUAUGGAAGUUGCUCCGGAUCCGACGGUUGAAUUGUUCUCCGAAACUCGAUUCUACCAUCCUGGAAUGGAUGCGCUGACGAUUGCUGGAAACAAUUUGAAUUUGGCUGCCAAGGAGAACGAUAUCAGCGUGAAAAUAGGAGAGGCUGAUUGUGCGAAUGUGACAAUCACAAAUAAGGUUCUCACGUGCAAUCCGCCGCCGAAGAAGCCGUAUCAUGCUGGGAAAGUUCAACCGGAAGUCAUAGUCCAAAUAGGGCUUAUGACUUUUUCGGUUGGCGAGCUUUCUUAUGAUCUUCCCGGGCUCUCUUCAACCGUCUACGCCAUCAUUCUUGCGUUUAUCUUUCUAAUGGUCCUUCUCGUUGUGUUCGCGAUUGUACUUUAUCGCAGGAAAUCCAACACUCAUCAAAGACAGAUGAAAUAUCUGAAGACGCAAAUGGACACGAUAGAAAUGAAGGUCGCCACGGAAUGCAAAGAAGCGUUUGCCGAACUUCAGACAUCCCUGAAUCAAUACACUGCCGAUCUGCCACUUGGAACUCCGACAGCACCAUUUUUGGAGUACAAAGAAUACUGCGCUCGUGUUCUCUUCCCAACCAACACUGCUAAUCAUCCUGUUCUUCGAAAUCUGGAAGUCGAUACCACAAAAGCGGAAGCGAUUGAGGCGGGAUUGCGCGAAUUCCACAAAUUGCUCAUGAACAAGACGUUCUUUUUGACAAUGUUGCGCACAAUGGAGAACAAUAAGUAUUUUGUUGGCAAAGAUCGCGUCUACGUCGGAAGUCUGCUGAUGGUGGUACUCCAAGAGAAGAUGGGAUAUUGCACCGAGAUGCUCAAACAGUUGCUUCGCGAGCUUAUUGAGAAGACGGUAGAGAAGAAAUUCCAGCCGAAAAUUCUAUUCCGACGCAGCGAGAGUGUUGCCGAGCGUAUGCUGGCUGCCUGGUUCACAUUUUUGAUGCACGAUCAUAUCAAGAAUUACGACUCUGGCAAAAAGUUGUACGAAUUGUAUUGGGGAAUCAAACAACAAAUGGAGAAGGGACCUCAGGAUGCCAUCACUCUGGAAGCGAGGUAUUCUCUAUCUGAGGAGAAGCUACUUCGUGCAACAUUCGAGUACAAGGAGCUAACGGUAUUCGUGUCAUCAUCUGAUUCGGUGUAUUCGCAGCCAGACAUGCCUGUUCGAGUUCUCGAUUGUGAUACAAUCACACAGGUCAAGGAAAAGUGUUUGGAUAUGAAAUAUCGAGGAUAUCGAUUCUCUGAACGCCCUUCGGCUUCUGACUUGGAACUUGAAUGGAGAACUGGUGUUAAUGGAAGAAUGAUUCUUCAGGAUAUCGAUUCGUCAUCGAGAGUCGAGCCUGGCAACUGGAAGCGUCUCAACACUCUUGCUCACUACAAUGUGCCCAACAAUGCGAUGCUCACACUGACGGCGAAGUCGAACUCGUUGUACAAUUUGUCGCUGCUGUCCGAAAGAAGCGAAAAGUCGUCGACGAGCCUGAAGAACUUGAGUCCAACAUCAGGUCGGCCGUGGGGAGCGGCAACGACGAGCAGCUCGAACUCAAAAGAUAUGGACAACGGAUUUAAGCUUUACCAUCUUGUCAAACCAUCUGAGCACGGACCAUCGGAGAAUCAGGAGAAGAUGGUCACAGAAAUCUAUCUGACCAGACUUCUCAUGAUGAAAGGAACCCUGCAGAAGUUCAUCAACGAGCUUCUGGAAUCAAUUUUCUCGACGCGAACAUCACCACUUCCCGCUGCCAUCAAAUACAUGUUCGAUUUCAUGGACGAGCAGGCUCUUGUGCAUGGAAUAACCGACCCUGAAGUGGUGCAUGCAUGGAAAAGUAAUGCGCUUCCGUUGAGAUUCUGGGUGAAUCUUAUAAAAAAUCCGCAUUUCUUGUUUGACAUUCAAAAGCCGACAAAGAUUGAAGGCUGCCUGUCGGUCGUUGCUCAGACUUUAAUGGACGCGUGUUCGACGCAGGACCAUCAGCUAACCAAGGAUUCGCCGUCUAGUAAGCUUCUGUUCGCCAAGGAUAUGUACCAGUUCAGAGAAUGGGUCGAUAGUUACUACACCGAAAUCUCUCGAAUGCCACCAAUUGGCGAUCAAGAAAUGGGUAACAUCUUGUCAGCAGAGAGCCGUCAGCAUUGCGGAGAAUUUCACGUGUUCUCGGCGCUCAAUGAGCUCUACAAGUACCUCGAUCAGUACAAGGAGAGCAUCAUGGAUGCGCUCGAGGCGAAUGAGCACGCGCAAGCGAGUCGUCUACCUGGACGCCUUCAAGACCUUUUGGCGCUUAUGGAGUCUGACUUUGGACGCGCCACUGAUUAUGAGAGCUCGACAUUGGGGUUGGGAUACAAUUCGAACUCGCGGCUAAUGCCAAGAGAUCGCUUCUAA